AUGAAGAUCACCAGCGCCUCAGCCUUUUCUCUCCUAUUUUCUCUGGCUCAAUCUGCUGCCAUAGAGCGUCGCCAGCAAGGAGAUGGUCCAGGCGGAUCCGCAGAUGCGACGCAAGGCGACCUUGGUGAACGGCCACCACCGCGAUUCCCAUUUCCCGUAACCAAGUUCCCGGUUCCGAACGAGACUGUCGUCCUUAAAGAAGCCAUGUAUAUCCUACCUGGUCAGGUCUUUGACGGUGGCAUGAAGCGUUACGAGCGUGUUGAAGGUAGCUGUAACGAGCAAGCUGAGGGCACAGAUGCCGACGCGGUCUUCAAUCUCCUCCCUGGCUCGACGAUCCGCAAUGUCAUCAUUGGCAAACACCAGGCGGAGGGUAUCCAUGCAUUAGGUGACGCGUGGGUCGAGAAUGUGUGGUGGGAGGAUGUUUGUGAGGACGCACUCACCUCGAAGGGCUUGAACACCCAACUUAGAGUGAUUGGUGGCGGUGCCCGCAAUGCAACUGACAAGAUCUUCCAAGACAACUCACUUGGCGGGAAGUACAACAUCACCGGCUUCUAUGCCGAUGGAUUCGGAUCAAAGCGAAAUGCCACUAUCCAGAAUGUGAUUGCACUCAAUGGCAACAGGAUGGGCAUCAUCAAUCCCAACUACGGCGACGAGAUUCGCAUCAAGAACACUCAGCUGAAAGGAUUGAAGGUGAUGGUCGACAAAGAGAUCGCAAACAACAUGCAACUCGUUCCCAUCACGGUUGGCACAGGCCCAGAUCAAAAGUAUGCCCUGUACAACGAGACGAGAGACGCUAUCACCGAGUGGGGGGGAACGGUGGAGAACGCAUACGAGCCCGAGGAGCCAUAUGAGUGGCUUGAGGCUUACUGGCCGGAUGGAUUCAACUGA